GACUGAGUGUGUGAGUGUGAGUGUGAGUGAGUGUGUGUCGUGUUCGUGUGUGUAUUUCCGCAGUCAUGAGCGCGAGGCAGAUGUUGAAGGUGUUUGUGACCAGAUCCAUCCCUCAGGAGGGAAUGAAGCUGCUGCAGAAAGCCGCCAUGUGUGACGUGUCGGUAUGGGACUCAGAUGAACCUCUUCCACGUGCGGAGCUGCUGAAGAAGGUGGAAGGAGCCCACGGUCUCCUGUGUCUGCUCUCAGAUCGUAUCGAUGCUGAGGUUCUGGACGCAGCAGGACCCAACCUGAAGGUGAUCAGUACCAUGUCUGUGGGCUUUGACCACCUUGCCAUCGAUGAGAUCAAGAAACGAGGUAUAAGGGUAGGCUACACCCCUGAUGUAUUAACAGAUGCUACAGCUGAGUUGACCGUUGCUCUGUUAUUGGCUACAGCUCGCCGCUUACCUGAGGGCAUUCAGGAGGUCAAAAGUGGAGGUUGGAGCUCAUGGAAGCCCCUGUGGUUGUGUGGUUACGGUCUCUCAGGCAGUACUGUCGGGGUGAUUGGCCUGGGACGGAUAGGUUUGGCCAUCGCACAGAGACUGAAGCCGUUCGGUGUGAAACGUCUGCUGUAUUCAGGACGGCAGCCCAAACCCCAGGCUGGAGAGCUGGGCGGAGAAUAUGUGCCGUUAGACACGCUGCUGUGUGAGAGCGACUUCGUGGUGGUUUCGUGCUCUUUGAACCCCGACACACAGGAACUGUGUAACAAAGCCUUUUUCAGCAAAAUGAAGAACACCGCAGUCUUCAUCAACACCAGCAGAGGGGCGGUCGUAAACCAGGAGGAUCUGCUCGACGCCCUCACCAGCGGUCAGAUCGCUGCAGCGGGACUCGACGUGACGACGCCCGAGCCUCUGCCCACCGACCAUCCGCUCCUGCGCCUCAACAACUGCGUGGUUCUCCCUCACAUCGGCAGCGCCACGUUCUCCACACGAGGCGUCAUGGCUGAGCUCUCAGCCCAAAACCUGCUGUCGGGUCUGACCGAAGACGCCAUGCCCAGUGAACUGAAGCUGUAACGCCCCCUAGUGGUGCAUGAUGGGAAAGCAACACUUCUCUAAACCCUCAGAAGAGCAUCGCGGUGCUGUAGGAUGAUAUUUCAGCUGUACUACUUUAUUUACUACUUCAGAAGGCACUUAUUGUGACUAAAAUGAUUGAAAUAAAUAUCACUAAGA